CAUGAAUAGGGCUGGUGGGGUCAAGGGCUGGGAUAACAUCCGUGCCCCCCUGGCAGAGGAGUACCAGUGCACGGGGCUGCUGGAGCAGGACUUCCCGGAGCUGUGCGCCCGCGCCGGGCUCACCUACAUCCCCCGCGUCACCGUGCGCCCGCGCGCUGUCUCGCUGCCGGAGGAGCCAGAGGCUGUGGAGGGCCAGGCCAGUGCCACCCACAUCCAGAGCAAGUACGCUUACUUCCGGCCCCGCAUCCAGACCGAGCUGGAGCUCGAUGACCCCAAGAGCGUCCGCGAGGUCUUCAUGCGAGGUUGGAAGAUCGAAGACAAGAUGCUGGGCAUCUUCAGCAAGUGUCUGCCUGCCCUGGGCAAUCUGCAGGCUCUGCACUUCUGGAAGGUCGGCCUGACGGACCUCUUGCUGUCGUCGCUGGUUAGCAUCCUUCCCAGCUGCCCCAACCUCAAGACCCUGUCCCUGGAAGGGAACCCACUGCCUGAGGGCUCCUUCUACAAACUGAUCCCCGAGGACAGCACGCUUGCACAUGUGUCGCUGCGCAACAACAGCAUUGACGACGCGGCUGCCUGGCAGCUGGGCCAGGCGCUGUCCACCCUGACGACCGCCAACCGCAGCCUGGUCUCGCUCACCCUCAGCUUCAACCACAUCGGGGAUGUGGGGGCCAACCACAUCGCCCAGGGCUUGCGGCUCAAUCGUUCGCUGCUGUCCCUGUCACUGGCACACAACCAGAUCGGGGACAAGGGCGCAGCCAGGCUCGCUGAAGUGCUGGGGCCUUUCGCUCUGACACACACCGAGGUGGUGGAGAGGAGACGGCUUCUGCUAGAGAAGGAGUCCCAGGAGCGCUCCCGGGUGAGACACGAGGUCAAAGCCGACCGCCCGUCCAGCCUGGUCAGCAACACGACCAUCGACAAGCUGCAGCCCACCAAGCAGGGCAAGAAUGUGGCCAAGAAGAAAGAGCCGCAGAGGAAGGAGGAGCGGGGGCAGGUGGGCAGCCCCAGCCUUGGUGGGGUCCCAAGCGGCCCAGCCUUCAUGCUGGCCAAGAAGGAAGACGUGAAGCAGGCCAAGAAGACGCUCACCACCCCGGAGCAGAAGAUUGUGCGUGGGAAAGGUGCCAAAUCUGGUAACAAGGAAAAGCGCAACCAGCCGCUGGAGCCAGAGGUGCCAGAGCUCACCGAGAUCAUGAACCCGCUACUGGAGCAGGCUGAGCACCGCGAGGGGAAAGUUUUCCUGCCGGGCAACCGCGUGCUCAUCAACCUCAACCUCACCCGCAACCAGAUCACGGAGCAGGGCCUGCGAGCCUUCCUGGUUGCUGUGGAGAACCAGCAGCAGCAGUGGAGCAAGGCCAGCACGGGAGCCAAGGGGCAGACAGGGCUGCUGCGCCUGUCUCUGGGGAAGAACCAGUUCCCAGCCGAGAGCGAGACCUUUGCCCGCAUCCAGGAACUGAUGCUGCCACGUGACCCCCUCACCAAGCAAGGCCCCAAGGACGAGGAGCAGUCUGUGCCUGCAUAGGGGAGGCGCUGGCAGCCCCAGGACUGUUCCCAGGCUGCCCCGUGGGGGGCCUGAAGGAGGAAGAACCACGCGCAAAAGAACUCAUUUUGCUCUUUUCUUUAAAAAAAAAAUUCUUUAUCAUCGAAA